GGCCCUCUCCGUUUCCUCAAUAUCUCUCUACAGUUCCUUGCAUUUUGUAGACAAAUAUUACGUACACAACAAUUGGGGUAAGGGUUAGGGUUUGGGUUUGGGUUUGGGUUUGGUGGUGCGAAUUUUAGUGAUUAUUAAUUUAUUACGCGAUGUAUGCUGAUCGAGUGGAGGCGGAGGCCCAGUCUAGUAGGUCGAUUAAGGAGAGGCUUAAUGGAAGUUCAGCCGCUGAUUCUGGUAGACGGAGACCUGUCUCCGGCAAGAGGCGAAGAGAAGAUGAUGAUAAAUGGGAACAUGAUCUUUUUGAGGAGAAUGAACCUCAAGUUUCAACCUGUUUAGACCGCAGAAUUGGUGCGAAAGAUCUUCGUUUGAAGCUUCAAAGAAAGAGCAUUGAGCAAGCUUCCCAAACAAGGGGCUCGGUUUCAGGAGGUAUGAGGGAUCUGCGUGAGAAACUCUCGGGUUCAUUAUAUUCUCGUCCAGGGGAAACUAAGCCUUCACAGCCAAGGUCGAAGCCAGCUCUUGAAGUCAGUAAACCUACUAGGAAAAGUGUUGUAGCUGAAGCCACGGUGCCAGACAGCAGAAGAGUUACUGGCCCAGUUUCUGAUAAAAAGAAUCAGCUGAAGGCAGAAUCAGUGGAUAGUUUUCUGGAGUCCCUUGGUCUUGAGAAAUAUUCAAUUACUUUCCAGGCUGAAGAGGUUGACAUGAUAACCCUAGUACAUAUGGGUGAUGAAGACCUUAAAGCUUUGGGAAUACCAAUGGGUCCAAGAAAGAAGAUACUUCUAGCACUGGAGUCGAAAGUCUGAUGUCUGAGUGGGAUAAGGUUUUUUGGUGUACUUGGUUCUCAUUGAUCAUCUGUCUCUCUGAUUACCAGUCCAUCUUUAAAUGCAACGAGUCUGGUAUCUGGGGCAAUUUUCAGUUUAUUGUCAAUAUCAAGUGGCCAGAAUGAUCAAUGUAUUUGCGACAUAGAAGAUUAACUCAUUGGAGAAUGUUAGGAUAUUAGUGAAUUUGUUGCUUUAUUUUGUUAGAUUGGUUUCUUGGUCAUUCGACAUCUGUGUUCCAUUUGGAUCUAUAAA